AUGUGGUUUAUCACAUCCAGUGCCCUUUUAUACACUUACUUUCUCUCACCACUGGCCUCCCUCCCCAAUGCAGGAAUCCUUGCUCCCGUGUCCCGUCUUCUAUGGGAAUUUCCCGCCGAGUAUCGAGGCAGAAUCACCCUGGAUCUCCCGAAACUUCAUAGAGCCCUUGGUCCUCUCAUCCGAAUCGGGCCGAAUCAGGUGUCCUUUUACUCACUUGAGAUAUACAAAGCGGUGCACGGACCGAUCAGUCUGUUCUUCAAGGAUUCUCGAGUUUAUAGCCAAUUUGUCCAGGAUGGCCACCCUGCACUCUUCUCCAUCACCAAAGUCCCCGCGUUGACAGAGAUGAUGUUGCGACAAAUUGAUAAAUGGAUCAAUUGCUUGGCUAUUCUUGAUGCAAAAGGGCCUCUUAAUCUCGGGCUUGUGUGCCGUGCAUUGGAAUCGGAUAUACUUUCAACAUUUGCAUUUGGCGAUGCAAUCGGCGGGAUCGACUCGCUUGAGACGGGAGAAGAACUCGCUAUCUAUGUGAACUUUCAAGACCUGACCGGUCUAUGGCAUCUUGCUGCCGCACUUAUCUUCCGCUUCUCCGGCUGGGAGCUGUCUUCGGUCAUUAGCUCACAGCGCUUUGAUAAUUGGGCAAAUGCACAACUUGUCGCCAUGAAAGACAGCGAGAAAGGAUCUGGUCUUUCUUUCCUGAAAGUAAUGGCCGGAGCUCGGAUGCCAGAGCAAACAGCGCUCUCCGAAGCCAAGGAGAUGUUGGGUCCUGGCACUGACACUACUUCCGCCACGCUAGCCCAUAUACUCUACGCUCUGUCGCUUAAUCAAAUCUUUCGAGCAGAUCUCGUUACCGACCUCGAAGCAUCUGACUGGCCGACUGACAUGUCUGCAUUGGAAGCUAUACCCAGACUUGUUGCCGCUGUCAAAGAAGGCAUAAGGUGGACCGGGGCAGCAGCAGCCAUGCUUCCUCGAAUUGUCCCGCGGGGAGGUCAAUUGCUUGCAGGCAAGCAUCUUCCCGAAGGGACAAUGAUCUCCAGCUCCCCGAUCUGGUAUCUCCGCGACGAAAUCGCCUUCCCCAACCCCGAGCUCUACAGACCUAGUCGGUGGCUGGACCCGGGAAAGAAUGAGGCAACAUCUCUGCGAGAUGAAUACUAUAUUCCCUUCUCUAGGGGCGCGUCAACUUGUAUCGGUAACCAUUUCGCAUAUUUGGAGCUGUUUCUCUCGCUCUCGCAAGUGCUCAAACGAUAUUCCAUUCACCCGGGAGAUCAAUCCACUGUGACUGGCCCAAGUCACGAAGCUGUUCUGCCAUCGCGGCGAGAAUGGGUUGCUGCUGUCCCUGUGCACAGAUUGAAGGUCACUCCGCGGGAACGACAUUGACCAGGAACGGACAAAAGCUCACUAAAUGGAAUAUUUCGUAUUGUCGAAUGAUUACACCUAGGUAAUACCAUGAGC